CUGAACCCGGAACCGUGUGGUUGGUAAGCAAGCUACUUACCACACAGCCACUCCUUACAGUUUUAUAUUCAUAUAUGAGAACUGUAAGUCUGUAAAUUGUUUACAUAUCGGAAUAAUUUAAUGGCUUUCUGGCAUGUAUAUGCAGCACUGUGUUGUGUCCAUGGCCAAAAUAUAUAACUCACAAUAGGUCAGUUUAUCCAACUGUAAAUGAAGUACAGAAAACAUGUUUGAUAGUUUACAGCUAUAUAAAACAUACUGUAAAUAAACAGAGAGUUGGUAGAGUUGACUGCCGUUGGAAAUAGCAGCAGCGUCACAUUGAUGUGUGUUGAGCUAACUUGCAGUAUUGAGCUCAACUCAACCUGUGGUUAUAAAUUGAAUGGUAAUGGACUCUGCUAUACUAGCAGUACUUUAUGAUAAAAUGCUCGGUGGUAUCCUGAUAACACAGUGGAUUCUGUAAAUCACUAAGAUCUUCAUUUUGUUUGGAGGUUCAUGGCUUAGUGGUUAGGAUGUUGGACUCAUGAUUCUAAGAUUGCGGUUUCAGUUCCUGGACUGGACAAUGCGUUGUGUUCUUGAGCAACACACUUCAUUUCCUGUUGCUCCAGUUCACUCAGUGAGUAAAACUGUGUAAUCCUGUGAUGGACCAGUACCCUAUCCAAGAGGAAUAUAUAUGCCAGAGAAACCAGGAAAUCGGCCUAAUGGUCUUUACUUAGUAAUGUGGACUAACCGCAUUUUAUUUAUAUAUAACAUGCUGUUCAUUAUUGUAAACAGUGGGAGCACUAAAUAAUGAGUAUUUUGUUAGUGACAAGGCUCCAUGACAUAGCAGAUGUAAUUUUCAUUUCACUUGUGCUACUACUAAUAUUUUUGGGAAAUAUAUAAACAUCAAACUGCCCAUUUUAUAUUCUCUUUAAAUGUAGGUCUUUUGUGUCUGAUAAAAAUGAUAAAAAUAUAGCAAAACAAAACAAAGUAAACAAACAAACAGACAAACAAACAAUAUAUUUCUAUGCUUUCUUUAUGUCAAUCUUUUUUUCAACUGUUAACAUUCUAUCAAUCCCAUCAGCUGCAGUCUGAUAUUGUGAUGGAGUUAUGUUAAAGGAAUAAUAGAUGUGUAGACUAUCGAAAAGAAGAAGAAGAGAAAAAUACAGCAGAGGAAAGGGGGAAAAAAAGGAAGGAAAACAUCUGUGUUGUUUUGAAAUGUUGUUGGUCAUAUUUGGAUAAGGAUGUGUGUCUCACAUAUCAAUACUGAUGAUUUAUAUAAUAUAUCAUCAUCACCAUCAUUAUCGUUGUCAUCAUCAUCAUCAUUAUCACCACCGCCGCCAUCGUUGUUAUCAUUGUUGUCGUCGUCGUCGUUGUUGUCAUCAUCAUCAUCAUCAUCGUCGUCGUCAUCUUCAGCAUCAUCAUCAUCAUCAUAGUUUCUAAUGUUUUCAAAACAUCAAGAGGAUGUUUCAUCGCUGUGACUCAUGAGGUGCGGUCUGGUCUGAUCACGUAAUAUGCUAUUUAAAGGUGCGUGUUCGUCCGGCUAGGCUACGUAUUGUAGAGUUUUAAUUUUUCUCAGCCAGCCAAUAAAAACAAUAACAAAAGACAACAACAAUAAAAACAACAUUACAGUACCAAUACUAUGGUAAAAAAAAAAAGAAAAGGAAAACAUACCCAACAAAACACAUACACACACAGUUAAUAAUAAAUGGAUUAGUUUUAAGUUUUCUCCAACUGAAGCAAUGACAUCUUAGCUAUCUGCAAAAGCGACAGUUGUUUUUUUUGGCCUUCGUGCUAAUAUGGGGAUUCUCAGGGAACUGCUUGAUAGUUGUAAAAAACCAUCCAACUCUGAGGUCUACAGAGAAGCACGUUUGAAUGGCUGGAGUCUCCCACCACAUCCUCUACAGUUUGUGGCAUGGGGAACUUUCAUUUUCCUGGGAAUCUUUUUCUUCACCACAAUGGUUCCAGCUCUAGUUAAAGAGGUACAGCCUUAUAUGUACUGUUCAGUUGGAGUGCUCUUUACUGUCCAUUUUUUCAUCAAUGUUAUCGCCACAUCCAUAAAUCCCGCCGAUGAGAAUGUUUUGAAGCGUCUUCAAGCGGUGCCCAAAUCUUUUGAUCGGAAUCAACAUAAACACGUCAUUGAAAACCAGCAUUGUCAUAUUUGUGAAGUUGAUGUCUGUCACAAGUCCAAACACUGCAGUGAUUGUAAUAAAUGUGUUGCUGAAUUUGAUCAUCAUUGUAUUUGGCUUAAUAACUGUGUUGGAAGAAGAAACUACAAAUGGUUCUUUAUGACUGUGUGUACAGCCUUAAGUGGUAUACUCAGCAUUUUUGUCAUCAGUCUUCUGGAAUUUAUUUCAUAUUUCCAAGACCAGGAAUCUGGCUAUAUCCUUGAACCAUAUCACAAACCGUUGAAGACCGAAAGUCCAGAAAAUACAGAACCUGUGAGCAGCUCACCUCUGACAGCUACUUCAUUAAUUGCUAUCAUAACCACACCCACCGCAACAGUUCUGCCUGUUGGCAAACCCACUUUCUCCAUCCUCACUUUCUCUGCCCCACAUGAGUACUGGUUAUUUUUGAUGGGAUUCACAGUCUUAUUGACUUUUGUUGCUGCCUUACUACUGACGCAUCUCCUGCUGUUUCAUAUAUACCUUACCUAUAAGAAUCUGACAACAUUUGAAGUCAUUCAGAAAGCAAGGCAGGAAAAAGAAGAAGAAGCUGCAUUAGAAAUGAAAAAAUCUACUGCAGCCAAGACUUCUCCAUUUGGCAAUAUUUCUAAGAAGCUAAAUAAAGUUGUGCCUGUUUCUGGGCGGAAAGGAAUCCGCUCAACUGUUCCUAGGCACCCUGGGGAUGAUGUUUCCGUUGAUAAAUUACCAUGUAGGGAUAAAGAUUCUAAACAAGUUUCUUCAGCUAGGCUUGACAAAGACCCUGUGAAAAAGAGAAGGAAACGAAAGAAAGAUCGAAAAAUCUCACAUUCAGUAACAGAGCGGGAACUUUUUGCCAUGACUAGAGAUCGAAGAGUUGCUUCUGGUCAUAGUCGUUAUGAUCUACCUUUGACACCAGUUAUGAUGUUCAGGUCAGUUCCACCCAUACAGAUACCAGCUUCUGGCCCAGGAACUAGCUUUCAUUCAGAAUCUGUUGAAUCUCUGCGGGAAAUUCCAACAGACAGGACUUACUCUGCUAUAUCAGCAACACAUAGUUCUCACUACAGCAGUUCGUUCCCCUCUUCAUAUCAGGGUAGUUUUGGUAGAGUGGACUCAGAAUCUUCCUUACUCGGACAUGUACGAUCUCAUCGCAAAAAGCGGAAACAACCUCCCACAUCCUUUAUAGUUUAUAGGCCCCAAGAUAUACCCCCUUUGAACUUGUCAACAUUACAAUCUAAUACACAGACUGCUUUAUCGUCAACAGUUUAUCAGCCUUAUAGCAGUAUUCAGCAGACAUCCACAGACUCUCCCACCUCAUCAAAUUCUGCAAGAACAUCAAUAUAUCGUUAAACUAAGAGUCAGUUAUUUAAUUAAGGUUUAACGGAAAGUUUAUGUAUUGGUAGAAGACCAAACAUCAUUCGGAGACAAGUAUAUAUACCCAUCAUAUUUUACUUCAUUAUUAUUUAUGUAUUACUUUAUUUUUUUAUAUAUACAUUUUUUUUCUUUUAAAUUCAAAUUCCAUUUUGAUUAUUAUUAUUAUUAUUAUUAUUUAUUAUUAUUAUUAUUAUUAUUAUCAUUAUUAUUAUCAUUAUCAUUAUUAUUAUUAUUAUUAUUAUUAUUAUUAUUCAACUUGAUCGCCAUGUGAAGGUUGGGUGAACAGAAACAAAAAUUACAAUUAAUCAAAGAAUU